AUGCAACCCAAGACUGCACCAGCAGCGCUCAAUCUACCGACCUUAGAGAUCAUGUCACUAACAAACACAACGACGUCUGAGCUUUUCACCAUUUGUAAACGAGCUUCUAGAACGUCACAGAAACCAUCCUUGGCCGAUUCGGAGCUAGAGGCCCUAAGGGUGGCGAGUCCUCUUCUGGGACUCAAGGAGAGAGUAUUCACAAUGGUGGAUGUCGUGUGCAAGACGGAAUGGUUGGAAUGUCUCAAGGGAGUGGGAGCCCCGCUGUAUGCAGCAGCUCUGCUCUUUGAUGCGUCUCCAACUGGGUUAGGUGUUAUUCUCGAACAAAAUGGCCGUCCUGUCAUUUGUGCAUCCCGUCGACUAACACAAGCCGCACAGGGCUAUUCUCAAACACAGCGUGAAGCUCUUGUUGUCUACUGGGGUGUAGGUAGACUACACAAGUAUCAUUUUGGUGAACCAUUCACGAUUGUGACCGAUCAUGAAGCCUUGAAAUUCGUAUACCAUCCUAUGAAAUCAUUGGCUAAGUCAUCCGCAGCCAUGGUUCAACGUUGGAGCAUCGCUCUCAGUUCGUAUACAUAUAACAUUAUUCAUCGUGGUGCUAAAUCCAUUCAGGCGAUUCAAGACGGCCUGGAUGGCACCCGGAUCGGACCCGACCGUGUUCUUCGCCGGCCAUUGGAUCGCGCUUUGCCGGAACUGGACGGAGUGUCGCGCCACCAGUUGCUGUCCGACCGGUUUAUCGAAAGUGUGCAGCCGGCGCUUAGUGCCCAGUUGCGGUUGGCACGAGCAACUAGCCAGUUGGGUGUGGAGGACCUGGUGCAUCUGGCCCGGGAACCGGCCGAGGCACCACUGGCCACGUUGCAGCCGCAGAAGAAGAGGGAUGGUUCACCAUUGGAGGAACUGCAGACCAGACUGGACCAACUUGCGGAACAGCUCGCAGUCGUAAAGACGGAACCGCGGAGACACGCCGGAACCAGCCGUUGCUACAAGUGUUGCUGA